UCGGGAACCGGAUGUGACGUUGUUUGUGAAGUCGUUCAGAUGACGUUUGUUGUUCAGGCGAUAAACAAUCAUGGCGGACAGCGAAGGUGUAGCUCCCGUGUAUUUUGCAAUUAGCAAUAUUCCCGUAGCCUUUCGCUCAGCGGACCUGAGGAAUUAUUUCAGUCAGUUCAUAGAAAGCGGAGGUUUUCGGUGUUUUCACUACCGUCAUCGGCCGGGGGUUCUCAGAGAGUCCGAGGGACCCGAAAACGCCGUGUGUGGAGACAGUGAAGAGAAGACGGGCAGCUCCAACUGUUCGGGGACCGACCAGGUCUCAAAUAGCAGCUCGGUGAAGAAGCAGGCGGUGAAGUCGUGCUGUUGUAUCGUCUCAGUUCAUGGUACAGAGGCGGACAGGUUCGUCAGGAUGUAUGCGGGGAAUCACUGGAUUGACUCUAAAGGGACAUGGCUGGCCAGGCGCUGUGUUAUCAAAAAAAUCAAAGUUACACAUGACAAAGAUGAUGGAUCAUUCCCCUAUAAAACAAAGUAUGAACAGCGGCACCGUGUUUCGUUAACAGAGCGUUUCACAGAGGCUGACCUCAAAAGCUUACCUGAGCUGAAUCCACCCGCUCUGAUGCAGAAUGGGAAUGUGGGCACACCGGUUAAAGUUUUCCUCCAGCUCAUCCAGUCCUGCCGACUGCCUCCGCGCCUCAUCCGGAAGUUGGGCCUCACGUUCCCCAAGACCAGCUCCAACCGCCGCUACGGCAACGUACCCUUCCAGUAUCAGGACACUUGGACGCUUCCAGCCACAGAGGAGACCGUAUUAACAGCUGCCGGACAUGAAAUAGCGGGACCAGGCACUUUGGUUGCUCCACCCUCUAGAUUGAGGAAGCCGGCUCACAGCACAGAAGCAACAGAGACUGAUGAGCCGCAGAGAGACGAGGAGGACGACAACACGCAGUCAAAUGCAGAUGAUGAUGAUGACUGCUGUGAGGAGUGGGAGCGCCAUGAAGCUUUACAUGAUGAUGUAACGAGCCAGGAGCGAAGCAAAGAGAGGCUGUAUGAGGAGGAGAUCGAGCUGAAGUGGGAAAAGGGCGGCUCGGGCCUGGUGUUCUACACUGAUGCCCAGUACUGGCAGGAAGAAGAAGGAGAUUUUGAUGAACAAACGGCAGACGACUGGGAUGUUGACAUGAGCGUUUACUAUGAUAAAGAUGGAGGCGACAUGGAUGCCCGCGACUAUAUUCGAAUGCGGUACGAAAAGAGGCUGAGGGAGGGUCUUGAAGAUGGAUCUGGAUCCAGUCAAUCUAUCGGCAGCUUUGAGAGGUUCACCAAGGGCGUUGGCCGUCGUGUGAUGGAGAAGCAAGGCUGGAAGGAUGGUGAAGGGUUGGGAAGCAGUCAACCUGGAAUCCCUGAAGCCCUGGAGAAUGAGGGCCAACAUCCUAACUGCAAAAGAGGCUUUGGGUAUCAUGGAGAGAAAUUGGUCUUACAUCCUGUGAAAAAGGCCAGAACAGAUUUCCACAUAACCACAGUGUAUGAUAAACCCAAAGACAUAGAUAGAGGUGACACUUUGCUCAGACGCCAACCAAACACCAGUAUGAAGUACAGAGGCUGGCAGCCAGGUGGCAGCAUUGGACCACGGAGAUGACAUAAAAUAAAUUCUUAUUUUGUAUAUAUAAUUAUUUUUUAACUACUUAUUUGUCUGCCUUUGAUAUUAAAACAUUUUUCAAUCAUUCCA